AUGGCCGACUCCACACUACCACGGCACAAGCCAUGGAUUCUCAACGCCGGCAUUAUGUGUACUCCAGGGCACCUUGCACCAGGCCUGUGGCGUCAUCCUCGGAACCGCACGUCCGAAUAUAAUGACAUCCGAUUUUGGACUGAUCUGGCCAAGGUGUUGGAGGCUGGAAAGUUUCAUGGUAUUUUCAUACCAGAUGUACUGAGCCACUAUGAUGUUUAUAAAGGUCCGAACAAUAUUGAUGCCAGCUUACCUGGUGUGGCUCAGUUCCCGACCUCGGAUCCCAUGUUUGCCAUCGCCAUCAUGGCGACGGUCACAACAAAAUUGUCUUUUAUUGUGACGUCCUCGACAACAUAUGAGAACCCUUAUUUGUUGGCCAGGAAGCUAUCCACUCUGGAUCACUUGUCGAAAGGCCGCAUCAGCUGGAACGUCGUGACAAGUCACUUGGACGGUGCCGCGAAGAACUUAGGUCUUGCCCAGCAGGUUCCACACGACGAGCGAUACAUCAUCGCUGAAGAGUUUUUGACAGCAGUCUAUAAGCUUUGGGAAAGUUCCUGGAGAGAUGACGCAGUUGUGAAGAAGGGUGCGGAAUAUACGACACCUGGUCGUGUGCGGAGCAUCCAUCAUGAGGGAAAAUACUUCAAAACGGCUGGACCGCUGGCGAGCGAGCCCUCUAUUCAACGAACCCCUCUGAUCUUCCAGGCUGGUAGCAGUACCGUGGGAAAGGCAUUUGGGGCAAAGCAUGCUGAAUGCAUGUUCAUCGCAGGGGGUGACCCUGUCAAAGUCAGGCAGUCCAUCGAUGACAUCCGGCGGAUCGCACGUGAAGCAGGGAGGGAUGUCACAUCCAUAAAGAUUAUGAUUGCCGUUACAGUCAUUGUAGAUGAGACGGACGAGAAAGCCCAGGCCAAAUACCAAGAUUAUCUGUCUUAUGUGGACACGGAGGGUGUCCUGGCUUUGUUCGGAGGCUGGACAGGGCAAGAUCUGUCCAAAUAUGACGACGACGAAGACUUCAGGUUUACAGGUCCAUCUCUCGUGCAAGGUCUAGUUUCAGCAUGGUCUGAUACAAUUCCGGGCACUAGAGGCUUAAAAUGGACCAAAAGCAGGCUUGCGCAGGAGAUUAGUAUCGGAGGAAUUCAUCCACGCAUCGUGGGGUCGCCUCAGACUGUGGCGGACUGGCUACAGAAUUGGAAAGACGUGUCUGGAGUGGAUGGAUUCAACCUGGUGGGUGCCAUCUCGGCCGAUUUUGAAGAUAUUGUUAACUUUCUAGUGCCGGAAUUAAGGUCAAGGGGCGUCAUGUGGGAUGACUAUCCAGCCUCGACCGCCAGGGAGAAUUACCUGAAUGAUGGGCUUGGACCAAAGCUUAGAUUUACAUUGGAUGAUAAAACCGUGGACGAUGUUCGCCCCCUCAGAGUAGCCGUCAUCGGUGCUGGAAUUUCAGGCAUCAAUGCAGGGAUUCUGCUACCGGCCAAGGUGCCAAAUAUCCGACUGACCAUCUUCGACAAGAACUCUGAUGUGGGUGGGACAUGGCUUGAAAACGUCUAUCCCGGGGUUCGGUGUGAUGUUCCAGCCAAUGUAUAUCAAUCAACCUUUGCUCCAAACACACAAUGGACGGAAAUAUUUGCCCAAGGCAAAGAGAUUCUUGACUACUGGCGGGUGGUGGCAAAAGAACACAACGUUUACCAGUACAUACGAUUCAACCACAGAGUCACAAGUCUAAACUGGGACGGUGGCCACUCUUCUGAGUGGACUAUUCACUUUGAAACUGAUGGUGGUAAAUCUGCCGAGACAUUUGAUUUCGUAUUGCUUGCCAUCGGUCAAUUCAACCAAUCCAAACUCCCAAGAUACGAGGGAAUCGACCAGUAUCGAGGUCACUUGCGACACACAGCCAAUUGGGACCCUGCUUAUGAUGCCAAAGGCAAGAGAGUUGCCGUCAUUGGCAACGGCGCGAGUGGCAUCCAGGUAUUGCCUCUACUACAGCAGGUUGCGGGCCAUGUUGAUCACUACGCUCGCAACAAGACUUGGAUUGCGGGCUCAUGGGCUGGAGAUGCGCGCACAUUGGAGCCUCAAUACUUUGGCGCAGAGCAGCUACAUGGCUUCCACGACCCUAGCAGUUAUCUCAAGUAUCGCAAAGAGGAGGAAGACAAAUACUGGCGAGGUUCUCGGGGUGUGUUUCCAGGAAGCACUGAGAAUGAUCAGAUCAAGGACGUCUCUUUGAGCAUCAUGAAACAGAGGCUCGUCAACAAGCCCCAGCUGCUAGACCAGCUGGUUCCCGAUUUUUCGCCUCACUGCCGGCGUUUGACACCGGGGCCAGGAUAUCUUGAGGCGCUUGAUUCUGACAAUGUGGACUAUAUCUCGACUCCUAUCAAGAGGUUCACUCCGACCGGUAUUGAAACAACAGAUGGCAUUCUCAGGGAAGUGGAUGCUGUGUUUUGUGCAACUGGUGCCACUCCCACAACCCAGCCCCCGUUUCCCAUCUAUGCCAACGGGUUUGAUUUGAGGGACCAAUGGGCACCGGGUGGGAAAUGGGGUUUCCCGUAUACUUAUUUCGGCCUCGCAACUCCUGGCUAUCCCAACCUGCUCUGGGUAAUGGGCCCCCACGCGGGAGCCACGACGGGCACUGUUCCACACACCGUCGAGCUGACUCUGACGUACCACGCCCAACUACUGAGGAAAGUGUCCACCCAGGGCAUUCGGACGAUCCAACCAUCGACCCAAGCGGUCGAUGACUUCGUGCAAUAUGCGAAGCAAUUCUUCAGUAAAACCGUUUUUGCUGAACACUGCAGCUCGUGGGCAAAUGGCGGGAAGCCUGGUGCAUUUAUCCAUGCAUUCUGGCCCGGUAGUGGAGCACACAUGGCCAUGAUUCGCCGCGAACCUAGAUGGGAAGAUUGGGAGUAUUCAUACAGUGGUACAACCAAUAACCGUUUCGAGUAUUUUGGGCCGGGCUGGACAAAAAAGGAGCUUGAGCCAGAAUCUGAUCUUGUUGGCUACCUAAAGCUGCCAGGCGAAAUCGAUCUCAGGAGCUUGCAUGAGAAAUGGAGGUGCAAGAGCAAUAUGGGAAACAUGGCUACUCAAGAAAGGUCGCGAAUUUACAUCAAUGCGUUCGAAAUGAUAACGCCUAGUCAUCAGUCCUUUGGACAAUGGAAGCGGCCCGAGGACAAAGGAUUGACGAAGGGUCGAGAUCUUACAUACUGGACGAAUCUGGCACAGCUCCUGGAAAAGGGCGGUGUCACGUCUAUUUUCUUAGCAGAUGCUUAUAGUCAAAAUGACAUGUACAAGGGCAACGCCGACACGACAGUUCGAACAGGUUGCCAAUUCCCUAUCGCGGAUCCCGUCGUGCCCAUCUCAGCUAUGGCAGCAGUGACCAAGCGGCUUGCAUUUGCUAUUACUGCUAGUACGAGUUUUGAAGCGCCCUACGUCCUAGCCAAACGCUUUUCUACACUGGACAACAUGACAGGCGGGCGGUUUGGUUGGAACAUUGUUACCUCGACCAAAAAAUCCGCAUUCGAUGCUGUGAGUACAAGUCACUCUUCAAGCAAUGCUGAGGAUUUUACUGACCCAUGCAAGGUGGGAAUACCACUUGUCGAGCAUGACAAGAGAUACGAAAUUGCGAAUGAGUACAUGGAAGUCGUGUAUAAAAUAUGGGAAGGCUCUUGGGCAAGCGAUGCUCUGAAGGAGGACGAGAGAAACAAUAUUUUCGCGGACCCAGCUCGCAUUCGAAUCAUUGAACACAAGGGCACCCAUUUCCACGUCCGGGGGAUGCACAUUGUCGAACCAUCACCACAGCGGACCCCUUUUCUUUUCCAAGCUGGAACAUCUCCUGCCGGAAUCGAUUUUGCGGCUCGACAUGCAGAAGGCACGUUUGUGUCCGGACUUUCAGCACACAUCAUUGCACCGCGUGUGGCUGCCAUUCGAGCUCAAGCGGCCAGGCACGGGCGAGAUCCCCAAAGCAUCAAAGUAUUUGCGAUGAUGACACCAAUCGUGGGUAGGACCGAUGAGGAGGCUCACGAAAAGUACGAGCGCGCGCUCUCUUAUGCCGACGAGGAGGCUGGCCUGGCCCUCUUCUCCAGCAACGCGGGUAUCGACUUGUCCAAACACGACCUCGAUGCGCCCAUUACACCCGGCGACAUCACUAUAGAUGAUCGCGUGCACUCCAUGGUAAACAGCCUGCGUUACCGCGGCGCUGACCUACCAGAAUGGACACCACGCAACAUUGGCAAGCAGCUUGCCCUCGGUGGCAACGCUCCCUUGCCGAUUGGGUCUGCCGCCACCGUAGCCGAUUACUUGGAAGAAUUCAUGGACACGGCUGGCAUUGACGGCUUUAACAUCUGCUAUGUCACCACCCCAGGAAGCUACGAAGACCUCGUCGAGCUCUUGAUCCCAGAGUUACGCCGGCGGGGCCGUUACCCAGCUUCAGACGAUCUCAAUCAAAUGGGCACGUUGCGGGAACAGAUUUAUGGUCAUGGUCAAUCCAAGUUACGGAGCGAUCACCCAGGCAGCACCUGGAAGUACGAUAACUACCCAUUGGACAAUUAG